CAAUGUGAGGUCAAAGGUCAGGGAUGUCGUAUGUGUACAGAUUGUAAAGCCCUCUGAGGAUAAUUUGUAAUUUCGGGCUACCCAAAAUAAACUGCAUUGAAUUUAGUGCAGAUAACUCAGUUAUAUGACACAAAUCCUUAAAAAUAAAUAAACACAAGUUGAAUUUCUUUGAUUAAAAACAAAACAAAAAUAGAAUCUAAUUACUUGUUACAAGCAAUGUUAGAACAAAGUGUGUGUGUGUGUGUAUGUGUGAGUGUGGGAGACCAAGCCAGUCUGCCUGCAGCAACUGAACUGCAAAGCAUUCUGGGAAGAGGGAGAGGCAGCCUCCUCUCCUCUUACCCCCCACACCUCCCUCUCACUGUCUCUGCCUCCCGAUUGGCUGCUUGUUCGCCCAGCUGACUGCCCUCUGUCAGACGGAGAGAGACAGGGAGGGUGAUGGAGGCUACAGCGAUGGGGUCAGGCGUGGGUCUUCCAACAUGGCGGCAGCGUCUUACGGCCAGCUGCUGAGACAGGUGGAGGUGUUAAAGAUGGAGAACUCCAACUUGCGACAGGAGCUGCAGGACAACUCCAACCAUCUGACCAAACUGGAAAGUGAGGCCUCCAACAUGAAGGAAGUGCUGAAGCAGCUGCAGGGCACCAUAGAAGAAGAGUCUGGAGAGGCGUCUGGCUCUCAGAUGGAGCUCAUCGAAAGACUAAAAGAGAUGAGCCUGGAGUCUGCAGGUUUUAAGCCCAGGUCGAGGCCUCCUCUUCCCCCCUCGUCCUCCUCCAGCUCGGCCUCUUCAGGCUCUGGAGCUCCCGGUGGAGCAGCCGGAGGCUCCGGAGCUCCCGGCCCCUCGACGACCACCGGCUUCCCCAGGAGAGGGCUGCCGACUGCGGGCAGAGACAGCCAUGACCGCUGCCUGGAGGAGCUGGAGAAGGAGAGGUCUCUCCUAUUGGCUGAGCUGGAGAAGGAGGAGAAGGAGAAGGACUGGUACUACGCUCAACUGCAGAAUCUCACCAAGAGGAUCGACAGUCUGCCGCUCACCGAGAACUUCACUCUGCAGACGGACAUGAGUCGGCGUCAGCUGGAGUUCGAGGCCCGUCAGAUCCGCUCGGCGAUGGAGGAGCAGCUGGGCUCCUGUCAGGAGAUGGAGAGGAGAGCUCAGGACCGCGUGUCUCGUAUUCAGCAGAUCGAUAAGGACAUCCUGCGACUGGGAGCCCGACUGCAGGUGGAGGAAGCUCCGGGGGCGACCGACAGCAGCGGAUUGGCCGCAGCUCAGAACUCCAUCAGCCGGUUGGACCACGAGCCGGCCAAUGAGACAAGCUACUCUGUGCCUCGACGAAUCACAAGCCACCUCGGAACCAAGGUGGAGAUGGUGUACAGUCUUCUGUCAAUGUUGGGGACACACGAUAAAGACGACAUGUCGCGGACGCUGCUCGCCAUGUCCAGUUCGCAGGACUCGUGCAUCGCCAUGCGUCAGUCCGGUUGUCUGCCGCUGCUCAUCCAGCUGCUGCACGGCAACGACAAGGACUCCCUGCUGCUCGGUAACUCCCGCGGCAGCAAAGAGGCGCGUGCGCGCGCGUCGGCGGCGCUGCACAACAUCGUGCACAGCCAGCCGGACGACAAGCGAGGCCGGCGGGAGAUCAGGGUGCUCCACCUGCUGGAGCAGGUGCGCCACUACUGCGAGGAGUGUUGGAGCUGGCAGGAGAACCACGAGAGGGGCGUCGACCAAGAGGACAACCCCAUGCCGUCUCCAGUGGAGCAUCAGAUCUGUCCGGCUGUCUGCGUCCUCAUGAAACUUUCCUUCGACGAAGAACAUCGACACGCCAUGAACGAACUCGGCGGUCUGCAGGCGGUGGCUGAGCUGCUGCAGGUGGACUGCGAGAUGUUCGGUCUGAGCAGCGAUCAUUACAGCGUCACUCUGCGGCGAUACGCCGGCAUGGCGCUCACCAACCUCACCUUUGGAGACGUAGCCAAUAAGGCCACGCUGUGCUCCAUGAAGGGCUGUAUGAGAGCGAUGGUCGCUCAGCUGAAGUCUGACAGCGAAGACCUGCAGCAGGUGAUAGCGAGUGUGUUGAGGAACUUGUCGUGGCGUGCCGAUGUCAACAGUAAGAAGACGCUGCGUGAGGUCGGCAGCGUGCGGGCGCUGACGGGCUGCGCCCUCGAGGUCCAGAAGGAGUCGACUCUGAAAUCCGUACUGAGCGCGCUUUGGAACCUGUCGGCUCACUGCACGGAGAACAAGGCGGAUAUCUGCGCGGUGGACGGCGCUCUGGCGUUCCUGGUGGGAACGCUGACGCACCGCAGCCACACCAACACGCUCGCCAUCAUCGAGAGCGGCGGCGGCAUCCUGCGGAACGUCUCCAGCCUCAUCGCCACCAACGAAGUGCACAGGCAGAUCCUGCGUGAGCACGGCUGCCUUCCGACUCUGCUGCAGCACCUGAAGUCCCACAGUUUGACCAUCGUGUCCAACGCCUGUGGGACGCUCUGGAAUCUGUCUGCCAGGGACGCCAAAGACCAAGAGGCGUUGUGGGAGCUGGGCGCCGUCGGCAUGCUGCGCAACCUCAUUCACUCUCGGCACAAGAUGAUCGCCAUGGGCAGCGCCGCCGCCCUGCGUAACCUGAUGGCCAACCGGCCGGCGCGCUACAAGGACGCCAGCGUGGUGUCGCCGGGUGCCGGCGCCCCGUCGCUGCACGCCCGCAAACAGAAGGCGCUGUUCGAGGAGCUGGACGCCCAGCAGCUGUCGGAGACCUUCGACAACAUCGACAACCUGAGCCCGAAGGCGGCGCACAGGAAGGGGCGGGGCUGCAACGGCGCCGGAGGAGUCGGCGGAGGCAACGUGACGCGCUCGUACACCAACACGCCGGUGCUGUCGAGCCCGAAGAACGGAGACGGGUCGAAAAGGACGGGCGAGGAAGUGGCGUACGCUCGGCCGGUGUUCCCGCCCAGCGUCCGAGCGUCCAGCGACAGCCUCAACAGCGUCACGAGCGCCGACGGGUACGGAAACCGCGGCAAGACGAAGCCGUCGGCGGAGUCGUUCUACUCGUCCGACGAGAGCGGGGCCAACAAGUGCUGCGUUUACAGGAAGUACCCGGCCGACCUGGCGCACAAGAUCCGCAGCGCCAACCACAUGGCGGACGACGACGGCGGCGAGUUGGACACGCCCAUCAACUACAGUCUGAAGUACUCGGACGAACAGCUGAACUCCGGGAGGCAGAGUCCGAGUCACCGCGGCAGCAUCGAGAGCGACGAGGAUGACGAGAUGGACGCAAGGCUGAGGAGGAGGAACGACGGCGGCGACUCGGCGGCGGGCAGCCGCGCGGCGUCCGUCCCGCAGCCUCGCUACGUCGCCGCCGCCGCCGCAACGUCAAGCUACGGCGGCGACUCGGCAGUCGAGCAGCCGAUCGACUACAGCCUGAAGUACGGCGCCGACGCCGUCCGCAAGCCGCUGUUCAAGCCAGAGGAGACUGCCGCUCCCUCGGGCCCGCCUCCUCCGUCGUCGUCUUCCAGCAAGCUCCGCCCCCCACAGCCCACAGCAAAUCGGACGGUGCCAAAAGGCAACCAGGAGUCGACGCAGACUUACUGCGUGGAGGACACGCCCAUCUGCUUCUCCAGAGGCAGCUCGCUCUCUUCGCUGUCAUCGGAAGAGGAGGAGGAAGAUGGCGACGUCAUCGGGCGGAAGAGGAGAAGCGGGAGGGGCGGCGGCGGUAACGAUUACCCGACACUUCCUGUCGGCGAGAAAGACGCACACGAGCAGCAGCAGAGGCAGCAGAAGGAGGCGGAGAGCCAGACCGCUGCCGCGGCAGCAGCCGCAGCCGCUGCCGCGGCCUCAGCUCCCUCUUCGCGAGGAAGACGUGGUCACCACCAUCACGGCCACGCCCACCACCAUCACCACCACCACGUGGCCUCAUCGUCGGGCGCCAGGACCCCCAAGAGCCCCCCGGAGCAGCCGUACGCUCAGGAGACGCCGCUGAUGUUCAGCCGCUGCACGUCGGUCAGCUCGCUCGACAGCUUCUCCACCUCGUCCAUCGCCAGCUCCGUGCGCUCCAGCGAGCCGUCCAGCGGCAUGCCGAGCGGCGUGGUCAGCCCGAGCGACCUGCCCGACAGCCCGGGUCAUACCAUGCCGCCGAGCCGCGCCAAGACGCCGCCGCCACCUCUGACGCCGCCGACACUGAGCACCAAGGAGGAGGAAAAGACCAAGAAGAAGAAGAAGGACGAGGAGGAGAGCAGCGCGGAUGUCCUGCUGCACUUCGCCACCGAGAGCACGCCGCACGGCUUCUCCCGGGCCUCCAGUCUGAGCGCGCUCAGUCUGGACGAGCCGUACAUCGCGGCAGAGAUGAAGGGGAAGAAGGAGGAAGAGGAGGGGGGGAACUAUGAGAGGAACGACGAGGAGGAAGGGGCAAAGCCGAUCCUCGACGAAUCUGAUGACGACGACGACAUUGAGAUCCUGGAAGCGUGCAUCAACAUGGCCAUGCCCAAGUCGUCGCGGAAACCAAAGAAACAGCAACAGGCAGCGCCAAGGAAACCCAGUCAGCUUCCCGUUUAUAAGCUCCACCCACCUCAAAGCCGCGCCCAAUCACAGCAGAGGAAGGACGUGCCUCUGCUGUCAGAGGAGAUGCCGAGGGUUUACUGUGUAGAGGGAACGCCGCUCAACUUCUCCACCGCCACCUCGCUCAGUGACCUCACCAUCGACUCACCGCCAAAUGAGGAGGCGGUGGCCAAUGUCGUACCUGUAGCUCCGCCCACCUUCACUCAGAGGAGGGUGCCCGGCCUGCCUGAGGGCGAGAACGGCGACGACAUCCUCGCCGAGUGCAUCAGCGCCGCCAUGCCCAAAGCCAAACCCAGAAAACCAAUCAGAGCGUCCGUGAACAGCGAGCACCUCCAAGCCCAGUCUCUUCCUACUCCGGUCCCGCCCCCUCUUGGCCUGCAGCAGCAGCAGCAGCAGCAGCAGCAGCAACAGAAGAAGAAACCGACGUCGCCAGUGAAGCCGAUGCCCCAGCGUGCGCCGUAUGGCGUGGUUGCCAAAGCAAAACCGGGGUUCACCUUUGACUCGCCGCACCACUACACGCCCAUCGAAGGAACGCCGUGCUGCUUCUCGCGCAAUGACUCGCUGAGCUCGCUCGACUUUGACGAAGACGAAGGUGGCGGCGGCGAGGAGAAGAAAACGAGAGAGGAAGAAGGCAGGAAGAGGAAGCAGCAGACGGCGGCGGUUUUCCCUCGAACGAAACCUGCCGCCAACGCGACGACGUCCGACGAGAAGCAGAAGUUCGCCAUCGAGGACACGCCCGUCUGUUUCUCCAGGAACUCGUCUCUGAGCUCGCUGAGCGACAUCGACCAGGAGAACAACAACAAGGAGUUUGCUCAGCCGCCGCCUGAGAAGAAAGAUGCCGGCAAGGCGGGAGUGAAGUCUCCUCCUCCUCCUCCGCAAGAGGAGUUGAAGCCCCGCCCCCCUGCGGCGAGCUGCUACGCUCCUAAAGCGUUCCACGUGGAGGACACGCCCGUCUGCUUCUCCAGGAACUCGUCGCUCAGCUCGCUGAGCAUCGACUCGGAGGACGAUUUGCUGCAGGAGUGCAUCAGCUCCGCCAUGCCCAAGAAGAAGAAGAAAGCUGCAGCAGCCGCCGCCGCCGCUGCCGUAGCCACGCCCCUUCCUGGUUCCAAAGCCGAAGAUGACAUUUUAGCCGAGGAGGAGCCUUCUGAUGCACCGAGAAGCCCCGCCUCCCCUGACUCUGAGACAUUUGAUUGGAAGGCAAUCCAGGAAGGCGCCAACUCCAUCGUCAGCAGCCUGAACGCUGCCGCCGCCGCCGCGCCGCUGUCACGCCAGCCUUCGUCAGACUCCGACUCGGUGCUCUCCCUGAAGUCUGUGGGCUCGCCGUUCCACCUGCCGGCAGCCAAUAACAACGCUAAAGAAGAAGAAGAUGAAGAAGAGGAAGAGGAGGAGGAGGAAGAAGUAGUGAAGCAGGAGCCAGCGGCAAUGAAGCAAGGGGCAAGGAUCCUUAAGGCCGGAGAGCGCACCACGCUGGAGGCCAAGAAGAAGAAGGAGGAGGAGGAAGAGGAGGAGGCCGCGAAGGCGUUGAGAGGCGGGAAGAAGGUGUACAGGAGUCUGAUCACGGGGAAGCUGAGGGGGGAGCCAGCUGCCAGGGGGCGGAGCAAGCCCAGAGCGGCAGCCGUGGCCAAAGCUCCAGGAAGCAGCAGCGACGGCGCCGACAGAGGAGGCGGAUCCUCUCGGGACUCUUCCACAGCAGCCAAUCAGAAAGGAGGAAAGCUGCUUCAGAUGCCGCGCACGGCGUCUCCAGGAAGCGCUUCGUCAUCGUCGUCUUCGGCCUCCAGACCGGCCAAACCAAGCGGGGAGGGGAGGAGCGGCGGCGGCGGCAUCCCGAGGAGCGAGUCGGCGUCGAGGGUCAGUGGCACCACGGCGACCAAGAAGCAGAAGGCGGAGCCAGAGAAGGCGGCACCAGAGAAGGCGGCGCCAGAGAAGCCGGCGCCAGAGAAGCCGGCGCUGGUCCGUCAGUCGACCUUCAUCAAAGAAGCACCGAGCCCGACGCUGAAGAGGAAGCUGGAGGAGUCGGCGGCGGCGGCUGCAACGGCGUUGGAGUCGCCGUCCAGCCCGGAUACGCCGCUGCCGUCGGCAACCAGGAGACACGACAUCAACCGCUCGCACUCUGAGAGCCCGUCGCGCCCACAGGAAGUGACGUCAUCGCGGAUCAGCCGCACGGGCACCUGGAAGCGGGAGAGCAGCAGCGCCGGAGGAGGCGGGAGCGGCGGUAAACAAUCGACAUCGCUGCCACGCGUCGGGACGUGGAAGAGGACGGGAAGCUCGUCGUCGGUGCUCUCGGCGUCGUCGGAGUCCAGCGAGAAGGGGCGGAGCGAGGAGGAGAGCGGCGUGCGGUUGAAGGGAACGUGGAGGAAGGCGAAGGGCGGCGGCGACUCGUCAGCCGGACGCUUCUCCGACAAAUCGGAAGACGUGUGGGUUCGCCUGGAGGAUUGUCCCGUCAACAACCCGCGCUCCUCCUCUUCCUGUUCCGCCCGCUCGCCCACCGCCAACGCCCCGCCCGUCAUCGACAGCCCGGCGCCCUCCAAGAUCCCCUCCUCCUCCUCCUCCUCCUCCUCUUCCUCCAACCUCAACCUGCGCCAAAGCUGCGAGAGCCUCGACGACAAGCCGCCCGAACGCCAACAACAACAACAACAACAGCAACAGCAGCAGCAGCGCAGUCAGCAGCGAAGCGGCGCCGUGGCUGCUCGAGUCAGCCCCUUCAACUACACGCCAAGUCCGAGGAAGGGCAACUCUGACGUCACCGCCACCCCAACGCCGACCACCACGACAUCGUCUUCGUCGUCGUCGACGACCCCCACGCGACCUUCGCUCAUCCCCACCCCCGUCACAAAAAAACGUGAGCCGAAGGGCGGCGAGGGAGGAGGGAGCGGCGGCGGCGAGCGCGGCUCGUACAUCGUGACGUCGGUGUAGGAAACAAAGGUCGUAGUUUGACACAAAAUGGCCGCCACGGUUGGGACAGUUGACAGAAACGGAGGAAAUGUAAAUACGGAGGAAGAAAUGUGAGAAAGUGUUUGUUUGUGAACUGAACUGUACAGGAAGUGAGUCUGUAUUUAAGUGCUAGCCCCGCCCCCUCAUCUCCCUCCUCUGCCCUCAUUUGCUCCUCUCACCUGCCAGUCAAGCAAGGUUCUUUAUUCAAUGAGAGAAAAACUUUAAAAAUGAACUUUUUAUGUUUUUAUACCACUAAAAUGAUGAGUAGCGCUUAGCUCCGCCCCUCUGCCUGUGAUCCUGCAUGGCCCCGCCCCCUUAACUAAGACAGUUACCAUGGUGAUAUAAUGAUGAUGAUGAUAUAAUGAUGAUGAUGAUGAUGAUGAUGAUAACGAUAAUGUUUCUGCUAGCUGUAGCGUUUGAAGACGAUUCUGCUCUUUCGGAAGUUUUCAUGUUAUUUCUUUAUUUUAAUUUUUUUUAUGGAGUUUGGUUCUGAAAAAACAAACAGAUUUUUUCUCUCCUGUUGUCGGGUAGAAAUUAAUUUAUUCUCUCCGUGUGGAGACAGUUUGGUGAGUUCAACGUGUCGAAUGUGACUUUUGAAGCGCUUUGAAAUGAGAGAUUCACAGUUUGAAUUUUAAAAUAAUCCUGAAAAACGUUUGUUUGUUUUUUGGAUUCUCAAUAAAAGUUUAAACGUUAUUUUUAAGAAGUAACAGCUGCUUUCAGUCCGAGUAGAAUUGUUUAAAGUUGUGACUUUCAGCCGCAGAUGGACGUAAACAUCCGUUUUUUUCCAGAACCUCACUCGUCACUCACAAACGGCAUUUAUUCCAGAGGAGGAAGUUUGCUGCCAGUAAAGACGUAAAGAUAAAUUUUUUUAAAAAUCACUGAUUUUUUUUUUUCUUUUUCGGUGGGGAAACGUUUUGAGUCCGUUCUUGAACUUCCUGGUGAAUUUUUUGAGGAUUUCAGUUGAGAAAUCGUCCGUUGGCUAAAAACUCCCCGCUCUGCCAAACAAAUAACACUGUAAAACGUAAGUUAUUGCUGUAAAACCUUAAAAACCUUUUAACUUUGAAGCACAUAAUUUAAAAAGAGAAAAGAAAAGGCUGUUCCCGCAGUGUCGCUCACUGACGUCACUGUUUUCAUGUUCACGCCGGAGGAAUCGAGUCGAAGGGACAAAUGUUUUUUGGUGAAAUGUUAAAAAACGAACAAUAAAAUUCAACAUUUUAGGUGCAAAA